CUUGAGACGGCGAAGAAGAAAACUGCUUUCUGUUGUUUUCCACUGAAAUCACUCGCGACUGUUCGCAUUUUUGGAAAACGUAGGUUCACUGGUCGAUUCGGAGCUCCGUGUGAAUAAACUCGCGAAAUACAUCGAAUGGUUCGUAAUAGGAAAACCGGAUUUCCUCACGUUUGGGUAAAAGUGUGAACAAAAACAAAAUUAUAGUUAGGUAUAUAUUCGCCAAGAAAGGAAGGCGAUGUGUGAGAACAAAACUUCCUACUUGCCAGUCCAUCGAAGCAACCCAGUUGGGAAUAAGCAAACCAAGAGUUUUUCUUUCUUGGUUGUUCAGAAAAAGUAGAGCUCGAACACGUUCCGGGGCAGAACUUCGACACUGGUUUUGCACAAAAGGAUUCCAAACCCCUUCAUAUAAAUACAGUGAGUUUUUUUUGUGCUUCUAAAAGGCCAGUCGUGCCAUAACCAUCAUCAGUGUGACGUUGUGAAGUUCGGAAAGAGAUUUUAAACGAAAAUCAAAGUGGAACCAGCGGAACAUAACCCAGUUGCCUUGGUUACGCUGUGGUGCAAAAAAAAAGAAUCGACAUCGAAAAUUUCCUUCCUUUUGCCCGGCGUGUUGUGUGCGUGUGUGUUUGUGCGCUAGUGGUGGAAAAGUGAUACAAAAAUUCAAUCGAUCGAGUAAAGUAUAAGCAAUAGCAAUAACAAAUGUGAAUGUGUGUGCGAAGGUGUGCGCCUAAGUGUUGUACGACAAAUGAUAACGAAAAGUGUUGCAAAUUAAUGACAACGACAAGUUGUUAUAUUUUCCCUCAUCGGAAGAUUUGAAUACACGCCAACGUGUGAGCAACGAGUUGACGCGAAUGAUCUGCCAGAGGGAUCAUUAAACAACGUGCCGCACACGACCAUCUUCCACAGGAUUGUCUACUGUUUUGUUUGUGAAUCUUCGAACAAAAAGUUUCAAUUUUAUCCCAUCACCCACCGAAUCAGCAUAACGGCUCUACGCAGUGAUCAGUUCAGGUCAUGGUUUUUAUAAAUAACAGAGAUGAGUAUUUACCAUUCCUGAAAGCGCCAGGAGUAAGAAUGCAAACUCCUUUGGUUAACAACGUGACGACGACCACUACGACACUGAAUCGAGACGUUGCAGCACAGGUGCAACAACAACAGCAGCAGCAGCAACAACAACAACAACAGCAGGUGCAGCAACAACAGCAACAACAACAGCAGCAACAACAGCAGCAGCAGCAACUCGGCAACUUUAAUAACAACACAAAUACCACCAUCAACAAUAAUAACACGCUCAUAAACAAUAACAGCAUCAGCGUGAGCGGCUCCUGCGGGACACUGAACAAUAACAAUAACAUAAACAGCAUAAACAACAAUGGACAGCCGCAGGUUGCCCGGGCACUGCUCAUCUGCCGGCCAAAUUCGCAUCCCUUCAAUAAUCGAACACUUUACCUUGAGCCGGGAGCCCAAGCUAAGGUAGGACGGUCGGUUGCGAGGAUUCGAGUAUCAGAAAACAAUGCAAUCUUCGACUGUAAGGUGCUGUCCCGGAACCAUGCCGUGCUGUGGUACAAGGACGGUCGUUUCUUUAUCAAGGAUACGGGCAGCAGCAAUGGCACGUUCAUUAACAAUUUUCGCCUCAGCCAAACGUGCUCCGAAUCGGAACCGUACGAGAUCAGCUCGGGCGACAUCGUGCAGUUUGGCGUGGACGUUAUGGAGAAUACGCGGCGUGAAACGCACGGUUGCAUUACGGCCACACUCAAGCUCUUCCUACCGGACGGACGGGAAACGAAGGCGAGCCAGAAGGUUGGAAUCGGGGGUCAAAGCGCCAUUAUACCGCCGGUCGAUCUGUACAGAUUAAAUCAGUACAUCCAGGAGGCAAACCAGCGUGAGCAGAUACUCGAAACAAAGUUGGUUAGCCUACAGAAGAUGGUUGAGUUAACGAAAAAAAAUUUCAUAACUGGCUGGCAGGCGAUGAUCGACGAGGAUCGAUUGCUGAGCCGAAUUGACAUGCUUGAAAAAAAGCUCCAGUACUGCCAGAAGAACAUCACGGAGGACAAGUUGCGCGAGGAACUUAUAAAACUGGUGGACGAAAAGGAGGAGUACCAGAAUGCGGCCAAAGAGGCUAUGUUCAAACUACACCAGGAGCGGCACCAAGCUGUGCACAAGCAAAUAUCGCUCGAGAAGUUGCUCCGUACCAGUGAGGACGAGUGUUCCUUGUUAAGCGAGCAGCUGAACAAAACAAAGCAACAAGUGCAGGAAAUGACCAUCUGUAUGGAUACGCUGAAAAGUCAGUAUGAUGAAAAGGUAGCUUCCAGCGAGGAGCAACUCAAGGCGAAAGAGUCCGAAAUUACCAGCCUCACGCACAAGUUAGAUCAUUUCGUUGAUGUUUACGCGAUUGGAUCGUCAGACGACGAACAGCAACAGCAGCAUCAACAGCAUCAGAUACACAGCUCGGCCAUGUCGAACUGGCUAAAGAACUCCGAUAUAAAGAAACUGGAAGGAUCUGAAGACAUAAUUAAGGCCAUUUGUAAUGAUACUGAACACGAGAUUACCAGUAGUGAUUACACGGAAGGACUGACGAAACUUCAGCGACGCAUCAAUACGUUUGAGAAAAAUUUCACCCUGCUGUUCGGAGCAGAUCUGAAGUCGGAAAAUGAAACGGACGAUCUAGAUAACGAUGCAACGGAACCAAUUGUAUUGACGGGUACGGCAAAUGUGGCAACGAUACCGACCGGUAGGCCCAAAACGGAUGAUCUCGUUGGUGAUGCAAGUGUUGCGCAGGGAGACGAAAAUGGACCACCAACGCUGCAGGUAGAAUGCGACGGCAAUCAGAACGAUGUGAACAGUACCACUACGGCCAUUAACCGCAACGGUAGCGGUGAUGGUAGUGAAGAUGCAACGCAGACGGGUCAGGUGGCACAAAUACGCGUAGGUGUUGAUCAGGAACCGCAGGAGCUAGAAGGAGACAACGCAACGAUGGCUUCGGCGGUGGUUCCUCCGUACGGCGCUCAGGGUACCGAUGAAAUUAACCAGAACGUCCUAAAGCGCAAUAUUCGAUCGAUCAAGAACGACUGUACGGCGCUGUUGCGGCAAGUAGAGCGUACGAUGGCACAGAAGCAAUCGGAACAGAUUAUUCAGAAAGCCAAGUAUGAUGAGCUGGAGACGGAGCUGCUGGCAUUUAAGGCGGAACUUGAAAACCGACCGAAGCAGGAUGAACUGGAGCAAAAGCAACAGCUUUGUGAUAGCCUCACCGAAAGUCUUUCGACGCUACGAAACGAGAUAGAGGAGUUGCGCACGCUAAACGAUCACUGUCAGUUGGAGAUGGAACGCAUGGAGGUUGAGCUGCUGAAGCAGAAAAACAUCGAAAACGAAAAGAUCAGUGCAAUGGCUGCGGCAGCAGCAGCAGCAGCAGCAGCGGCCUCCAUUAACCACACGUCCGUCGAAAACGUACCGGUUGUUGUAAAGGAAGAGCAGGAACUACUGACGGAGGAGACGAGCGAGACGGCAAAGGAAAAACGAAAAACGGAAAAAGCAUCGUCAACACCGGAAACGGAAACGACGGCAAAGGACGAGGGAGAAACUCAAACACAGCAGGAGCUAAUGAUGAUGCCGACAACGUUGCUGGUUGUGACGGAAAAUGCUCCAGUGGCGGAAAUGCCCUCGCCGGUUCUUAUUCCCACGGUACCGAUGGUAGACGUGGAAACGCAAACCGAUGCACUUCCAGAUGUGCCUCCAGUAGCGAGUAUGCCAGUACCAGUUCUACCUCUAGCAGUAGCAACGUCCGGCAGCGAUCCGAACGCGUCCGAUACGAGCGAUGGUGGCGAUGCUUCCAUCUGCUCCAAUCUGGACGAUUUGGAGGAAGACGACGACGAGAAGACGGAAACGAUCGAAAUGGCCACGAUGUACACGGCGCCUGGGUUGGAUGCGUUUAGCAAUCCAUUUGCACCAAACGUCGUGAGCGUGGUGGAACCGCCCUGUGAGAGUAGCAACAAUGGUGCAAGUUCACACCUACUGCCGUGUACAAUGGACGAUGCCACCGGUAAUGGGGCCAUCCUAUCCGGAACAACCUCAAUCGAUUACGAGCUGGCCAUGAUUAAUCAUCCGGAUGUGCAGCGUGAGGAGGAACUGAUUGCCUUCAAGGAAAAGUACUCCCAUCUGAGUGAGGAAAAUGUUCGGCUAAAUCAGAAAUUGCAGCAAUUGACACACGACAUGAGCCAAUCGCGGCAGUGGUUUGCGCUCCAGAUAGUGGCCUGCAUUGUGCCGGUUAUGGCCAUCUUCUGCUAUAUGCUGACUGGUCGCUCGUAAUAGAACUCGUUUUGGGGACAAUGCUAUUCCUAGAUUAGAGAGAAAAAAAACAGGGCAUUAGCUCCGAAAGCGCUCCGCUUACAACCUUGCCACAGGCAGCAACAGAGUGUGUACUGUAGCGAAAUGGAAGUGCAGCCAGGAUGGGAAGUGCUGUUUAUUAAUGUUAAAUUUUUUGUUUACUAUGUUUUGUUGAUGUGCAACCAGAGUCUGAAAGGCGAAGCGAAAAAAAAAGGGACACAAAAUUAUCUCGUUAUCUGUACCUAGCUGCAAGAAAUGAAGGCAUACUUGUUUAUUUCACUUCUGUUGUUUAUGGAUAUUAUUUAUUAUUAACUUGCAAAUCGUCCACCAGCCGUGUGCUUUGAGUGUCUGCGAGCAAAAGAACGCGAACAGUUGUGAAUAUCUGACGAAUAGUGUACGAAAGCCCUCCCCCCGCAAAGCGUGUGUAGCUUUAUCGAACUGUUUUUUGUGGAAUACCGGUGUUGCUGAUCAUCUGUUCCUUCGAUCCAAAAGUAGGAACGAAAAAAAAAACAAUCUCACAAAUUACAACAUCCACUCACCUUCAACAUGUUCUCUGUACAUUCAUAUAAUCAACAGUACUCUGUAUUUAUUAACCAUUAAUCCGAUGCUAAUUUUAUCGACAACGCCUAAACAAAAAUACUGAAGAAUCGGGCUGGCGUAUAGUUCAAAGCCAAGCGAAUCAAUAAUUAUAAUAAUAAGGUUAAUGCACCAGAAGCGUCAGCUCUUGGUGCGAAUGGAAUAUCAGUAGCAUUAUACAACGGUUUAAGUGCGCAGUUUCAGCAAGAUCUAAUGAUCGUUAGGAGUCCGAAUUGGGUGGUAUCCGUUAUGAUGAGCAAUAGGUGUGUAAUGGAGAUGCGUGUGUGCAAGGAUGCCUGUAUGAUUGCAUAUUAGAUGUAUGCGCUUGCUUGAAUGAAUCCGUUUCCCGGUUCAACGAAUGGGCGGAAGACAGCUAAUGAAUGGUAGACAAGAUGGUUAAGUGAGUAGUGGCGCUCUCUUGCAUGGGCUUCAUUAUUCCUUGUUCCCCGUUGAAUGCGAAGUCCUCAAGGCCAAAUUUAUCACUUUUCCGCGUGUUAGUAUGUAGUCAGUGCAUCAAGCUAGUGUAGUGGCAGGUAAUACGUUGAGUGCAUUAGUGUUGGCGGCGUUGAGAGACGACUGGAGGCUAGGGGGUUGCUCUAAAUACUUCUUUAAACGAGAUCGGAACAUCUACUUGUCUUCUAUUAACGUACGAUCGAUCGGAAUAGGCUAGCUUUUGUAAGAAUCUAUAUAAACCCUAACAGUACGUUUAAUGCUACCACUACUACUAAUACAUACUACUGCAAGAACAGAUGAACCUUGGAGACACUGGCAUUUUACAUUGAGUAUCACUCUACGCCGCAGACAUAUGAAACAUUGUGGCCGCAACACAAAAACAAAACGCUCUACUCACUGUUUGCUAUGGCCAUUGGGAAUGCAAAGUACAAAAGAAAACAAAAAUGCAGUAAGAAUGUGAGCAUAGCAUAUGUGUGGAAAGCUAUCAACAGCAGCAGUUGGUACGAGCGAAUGCAACACGCUUUAGACGAGAUGGAAAUCCAUUUCCUUGUCCAAGAUCGAUAGUAUCGAACAGAGCAAAAGGCAGGGGACAGAUGAAAUGCAAUAAAUGAAUAGUCGCCGCAGCCACAGCAUACGGAUGCUAACUGUGUACGAUCAAUGCUCGGCGAACGUUGAUGGUGAUGAGAGGCGCGAGAGAUGGAAUGCAAGCUAUAAAAAGGGGAAAACGAAAACAGUGAUCGGUCACCUUUGGCACGGGUGAAUAAAAAAAAUAAUGAAGGUGAACUAGAAAGUAUAGUUAAAUAGGAAAUAUUAUUAUAUGUAGUGGGCAGAUACAUAACGCAGACGAGAUUUCGAUACGAACGGCACUCGAAAGUAGGCUCUCUUUCUCUGUAGCAUCGGAGAUAGGAGCCACAAAUAUUGGCAUUUGGAACGCUUGAGUUGAAUAUGUAUUAUAUUGGAAAACGCGAACAAGGGGAAGCAAAAUUCAGUCUCAAAAACUGUCGAAACUCGAAGACACAAGGGCAGUGAACGUGGAUGUAAAGGGAAGUAAACGAAUGACGACGAAUAAGUACGGAAAUAAUAAAGAUGAAAAAAAAACGCGAUAUAAUUAUAAUAUAACAUA